UCAUAUUUUAGCAAUAUGGCGGACAGAGAUAACCUGUUAUCUGUCUCAUGGCACGACAGCGCCUGGAUCCCAAUGUUGAAUGCACAGAACGUGAUGGAUUACUUCAGCGAGCGAUCAAACAGUUUUUAUGACAGGACGUGCAAUAAUGAAAUCAUCAAAAUGCAGCGGCUUAACCCAGAGCAACUCAAUAACAUGACGGGUGUUGAAUACAUUCUACUCCAUGUACAAGAACCAAUCCUAUAUAUUGUAAGAAAGCAGCAUAGACAUUCCCCAAAUCAAGUGACAGCGCUUACUGAUUACUACAUCAUAGCUGGGGUUGUAUACCAGGCUCCAGACCUUGGCUCAGUCGUCAGUUCACGAUUGCUGAAUGCAACAUUUAACCUCCAGUCUUCCUUUGAAGAAGCCCAGUCUUACUCCAGAUACCACCCAUCUAAGGGCUACUGGUUUGAGUUCAAAGACAAAGAUCAAGCAGAAUCCAGUAAGAAAGAUGGGAAGAAGAAAAAAGAAGAGCCGAGCUCUAUAUUCCAAAGGCAGCGGGUAGAUGUUCUCCUUACAGACCUCGCAAACAAAUUCCCUCCUAAACAGCCACCCCCUCCUGCCCCAGUGGAGAAGCAAGAAGAUGUUAAAGCUGAGAAACCUGCCACAAUACCAAAUAUUAAACGAGAAAAACCAGAUGAUACUCAAGGACAGAAUAAAGUAAAUGGAAAUAGACAACCACCUGAAAAGAAACCAAAGUUAAUGAGGUGA